AUGUUACAGUUGAAUCAGCUCGGUAAUGUGGUGACGUUUACUCAACAGCAUCUGAGAGCCACAUUCCCUACCCUUCCCCAAGAACAAAUUGGUGGUAGGGGAGGCUACUACGGGGUACUUAAGCCUCCUGGGCCAGGAAUCGACGACUCACUGCACAACCUGUAUGAGGAGAUUCCCUGUCUUGGAGUGCUCUCCGAGGCAAUAAUGCACGCAAUUAGUGAUGAACCUGCCGGCCCUUAUCAGUCUGUCGUGACCUAUGAAAGUCUACAGCCAAACAAUAACCUAAUUGGCUUCAGGCCGCUCAACCCACACCGCCACCAAGACGCUAAAAAUAUAGCUUUUAGUGCGGAUAUUAGUGCAAGCCAUUUCCCUGACUACCCUGCUAACACUGCUAUUAAUUUAACGUUAUUAAUGAGUAUAUCAAGUAUUUUAAAGGGUUCUAAAGGGUUCAAAAUUUCAAAAGUGAAUUUCUCAACACUGAGUGAAGCUGGAUCGGCUUCGCAAACAAUAGUUAGUCGGCCCCUAACCAUUGAAAGACAAACAAACCUAAUGUCAACUAUAAAUACAACAUCGUUAGCACGGAAUUCCCAUGACUUAUUCGGAGAAGCCUGCUUAUUUUGUUCCCAGCUCAUGAAAGAUUCCGGCUCAGAUGCAGACCAUACAAGAUGGUGUAUGAUAUCACCAGCCGCGGGAUUACCCAUCCCACCACAGUGGGUAGAUAAUCGGAACCAACGCCGUAACCUACCCACCCAAUACAUGCAGGAGGUAUGGGGGGGCUAUCACUCAGUGCAUAACAUGGUCAAUGCCUAG